UCGACCAUUUUUUAGUUGAGAAGAGAAUUAAUUUUUACCUUUCUAUUUUCCAAGUUUGACCCUUUUAUUGCCCUUUAAUUAAUUAAAUUAAGUAAACAAAUUUGUCUUAAUUAUUUUUAUUAUUUAAAUUGUGUUACUCUUGAAAUCAGCAUGGCAGCAAUUUCUGACAACCAACAACAGGAAAAUCAACAACAACAAAUAGCUUCUGGUGAUCAACCCUUGAUGAUAAAACAAGAAAACCUAUCAGCUUCUGGAGACCAACAACAACAAGAAAAUCAAUUAAUAGCUUCAAAUGACCAUUCAAAUGAUAAUCAACAGUCAAUUACUGGUGACCAGCAACAACAGCAACAUGAUAAUAAUGGUGAAAAAGCUCCAAAUGAUGAACCCGAACAAUUCAGGAAAUUAUUCAUUGGAGGUCUUGACUAUAAAACCACUGAAGAUACAUUGAGAGCACAUUUUGCUCAAUGGGGUGAAAUUGUGGACUGUGUUGUAAUGCGAGAUCCACAAACAAAAAGAUCUCGUGGUUUUGGUUUUAUUACUUAUAGUAAAUCAACAAUGGUUGAUUCAGCUCAAUCAGCUCGUCCACACAAAGUGGAUGGCCGAGAAGUUGAACCCAAACGCGCCGUUCCUCGUGAGGAAUCCGGUAAGCCCGAAUCACAGGCAACAGUAAAAAAAGUCUUUUUAGGAGGGCUUAAAGAGGAUGUUGAAGAGGAAGAUCUUAGAGAAUAUUUCAAACAAUUUGGUAACAUUGUCAAUGUCAAUGUAGUAACCGAGAAAGAAACCGGAAAGAAACGAGGGUUUGCCUUUGUUGAAUUUGAUGACUAUGAUCCAGUGGACAAGAUAGUCCUGAAGAAGCAUCAUGUAAUUAAGGGACGAAAAACUGAAGUUAAGAAAGCUUUAGCUAAACAAGAAAUGAACAAUUUAAAACGUAAGGCCGAAGCUAGACAUAUUCCCGCCGGUAGAGGAGGCCCGGAUAAUCGUAAUGCUCCCGUUUGGGAAUCAGGUCCUUACAAUAGUGGAUUCGGCGGUGGUUACGGUAAUCAAGGGGGUUAUGGUGGAUCUUACGGCGGUGGCUAUGGCCAAGGGUAUGGUCAAGGCUAUGGUAGUCAAGGAUGGAAUCAGGGUAGCGGUGGAUAUGGUGCCGGUGGUGGUGGCGGCGGCGGCGGCGGUGGCGGUGGAUGGUCUAGUGACUAUCCCGGUGGCUACGGUGGCGGUAGCGGCGGUUAUGGCAGUAGCGGUGGCUACGGUAGUGGCGGCAGUGGUGGACCAGUUCGUGGCGGAGGCUAUGCUCAUCGAGCCAGUGGACCGUACGGAGCUAUUAAAGGAGAACGUUAAUUGUAUAUCUUUGAUUGGUGGCUGACCCUUUUUCCUUUAUUGAUCAACUGAUUACAAUUACUUGGGAAAUAUGAAUCACCAAAAGGCUGUAAUAAGUCAAUCAAUAAUUUAAAUCAAAUUAUGUCAGCAAAUUGAAGAUCAAGCACCAAUCAAAAUGACCAAGUAGUUGGACUGGACAACAAUUACUUGAUUAACUGCUCCAAUUAAACAAGUUAAUGAUUGGUUUUCUAAAACUAAUUAUUAACCAAUGAUGCACUUUAAUCACUUAUUUAUCUACUUGAUUAACCCUAAUCAAAGGUUAAUCUGUAACAAUUAAAAUCAUAACUCGUCGACUUGGUAAUCAGAUUUGGAAAAGGAUAUUUGCAAAUUGCAAACAAACAAACUGAAUCUCUUGAAAGAAUCAAUUUAAAUCAAUCAACUUUAAAUGUUAAAUUGUCACUAAUCAGUGAUAGACAAUUGAAAUCAGUUAAUUACGAGGAUUCCAAACUCCUAUUUUGGUCAAAGGAAUCAAUCAAUUUGCUUUUAACAUGAAAAAGUCCCAUUGGAUUGGCUAUUUUUUGGAUUCCAAACGAAAAGAUCAAUAUUAUUUUUCCGAUCAAUUUUUGAGAGAUAAACUUAAUCCGUUAAUCUAUUA